AGUAGUCUUCAGGCUACAUCAAAACUAGAGCGUUAUCCUGCCUGUCUAGAUGCACUAGUCUCGCUAGCACACUGGAAGAACCUUCUGUUCUAAGAAUAGAUUGUACUGGGAAUCAUGAACAGCAAUGGUUUUGUAAUACUCCCAGGUUCAAAAAGUGGAACCUCAGUGAGAUUAAAAGCAAAAACUGUUCGAGAAUUGCGGUUGGAGAAGGUGCAGUUAGAAAUGGAGAAUAAAGAGAUGGAGAAGAAAUUACGGCAACUGCAAUCCAACAUGAGCAGAGAAAAAGAAGAGAGAAAGAAAUCAAGCGCUUAUCACUGGAAAACUGGACAGGCAGGACCAAUGACCAUCCAAGCCCGAGUUUUGUCACAAAGCAAAGAAAAAAAUAAUAAGGUUUCUUUGGGAAAAGUGAAGUUGCAAAUACUGAAAGAACAGAUGAAAGAGCCAGUGAAAGAACCAUUUAAGCAUGAAAUGUCAAAUUCUGUAGCUCAUGAAAAAUCUGAAGUGAAGGAGCUAGCGUGUGGACAAUGUGAAACUAAGAGCGGGCUGCUGACAGAAGCCAAUAUGCAUUUUGGAAAAUUGGAAGUUGUCCAUCACUUCACCAAUGAAGUAAAUCUGAAUGAAUCUAAAAUUAAUCAUGAGGAGAAGAAAGUAAACUGCAAACAUCAGGUCACUUCAAACAAAUUUUCAUCUUUGCCAGUGUCAGUAAGCAGUGCUGAGGAACUCUUCUCGGAAUCAGCCUGGACAGGCCUUGACGAUCAGGACAAAGGGUUAUUACUAAAUGGUACAUUUAAUGAGGAGGAAUCUGCAAAGUCUUUUCAUGAAGCUUUGAUUCAAUGGAGAAAUGGUAGUUGUGAUCACAGAAAAGAACAGCAUGCUGAGUCUGUGGGAAUUUGUGAGGUACAGACCAAUCUGACUAUUGUGAAAGAACAUGUCCAAAUUCAAUUCAAGGAGGGUGGCCUGAGCUACAUGGAGAAACUCUUGCUUAAGAAAUACAGAAGAACUGCUGUUGAUGAAAUAUCUGGUAGUUGCAUUAAAGAUUUAAGGCCUAUGCAAACACAGACUGUGUCACAUCAGGCUGUGGCUGGAGGAGGCGAAAAAGGAGAUGAUGAUGAUGUCAAUGAUUUAACAGUUGAAGAGGUGAAGAGAUACUGGACAUCUGUAUUUAGAGAGCAGGUAACCAAAACUGUUCCUGAAAGUGCAGAGCCCACUCUGAAAAUUGAAUUUCUUGAUGAUUCUUAUUGCACGGACUUGGAAGAAUCAUGUAACUUUUUGGUGACGGAAGCUGGGGCUAUAGAAAUGAAUAACCAAAGAAAAACUGAAACACUCGAAGAGUUUGAAAGGUAUGAGAAAUACAGAGAUAAUUUGGGUCCAGCAGUUGCAGGUCAGAACAACACACUAUUAGACCUUUUGCCAGAAGAAACCGUGGGCACGAUGAGAAAGUCAUCGUGUCAUUUAACUGCCACAGCUGACACUCCGUAUCUUUUACAUCUUCCUAUUGACAGAAAUCCUGUUUCUUCCAAAGAAAUUUUGCAAGGACGUAAGAAGUGGGUUGCUGCCAGGAGCUUAAGUGAAUACGCUGAUGACUCUGUAGUUCAAGGUGUCAUAGAAAGUCAAUUGAAUAGAUCUUCAAGUGGUCUUGAGACUCAAAAUAGAAUUUCUCCCCUGAUGGUAGUGUGCAGAUCGUAUUCAGGGAAUGAUUCCAAAAGACCUCAGUCGGCAGAUAUGCCACACUAUAAACUGACUAGAAAUUGUCCAAAAAACAUUCAGCCAAGACCAAAGAGUUCACCUAUGCAUAUGUUUAGAGUUGAUACUGAGAUACCAAAGCACGAGUGCAUUGAUGUAACUAAGCAAGAUGAGGAUCAUUGGAAAUAUAUUGCUGACCAAGAAGCCCUACUUACUCUGGAAAAAGAAUUACAAAGUUAUGCAAGUUCACAAGAAAAACUUUACAGCUUAACUUCUGAAGAUGUAACCUCUUCCAGCAGAUGCUUGAAGAAGAUAUAUGGAAACGUUACAGAUUUCCAUAGAAACUUGGAACUAAAAGACCACAACAGGGAUGAUAUGUCUGGGGGCUGUGAUGAAGGCCAAAUGGAUGAUAAGGAAGAAAUUCUGGAGGAUAAACGACAGGUUCUUGCGUUACAGUGAACAUGCAAAGAAUUGAA